AAUUACUGUAAAUUUGAUAGUAUAUCGUCAUAGGCACAGUCCCGAGUCUGUUGAGAAAAGUAGAACACUAAACCAUGCUCGCUAGGUUUGUGUGGUGUUUUUGUCUUUUUGAGCAGCAUUUGAUAGGCUCCACGUUAACAAAUAUGUGACAAAGUCGUUUCCUUUCAUUUUAUGACUCGUUCACCGCAUAGUCAUUACUGGAAAGUCAAGUUAGCAGCAAGCUAGGUCAGGAACCGGAGGACCGAAUCACUGAACGGGAAGUGACAAAACUCAGUCUUUCCCCCCUGCCUGCACGCUGGCUGCUUAUUGGCCACGCGUGGAAAUGAGUGCCAUACGCCAUGAUUCUGUUUCCGCUCCCUCCCCUGCCCGCGAUGAGGCUGGCGUCUGAUUGGUCGUGUGCGAUGUCAGAAGACGCUGCCGCUUGCUCAACGCCCUCCCACGCAGCGAACAAGCGCCACCAACUUCAUAGAACGAAUCAGUGCAGAUGGUGAUUAGUUCGGUCUCGUUCACCCAAACAAUUCGUUCAAAAAGAACGAAUCGUUCGCGACCGAUACAACACUAGCUCUGUAGUUCAAUCUUCACAUCUCAGAGCAAUUACAUGUUGGCGCUAGCUACAAAUGCUGCAGUUGGCGUGCGGUAUUGGUCCGCUUCUCGACUGAGUUAGUCGUAUUGUGUCAAGAUACCACUGAAAUGGUUAUUUUUACUCUGCCGAUCUCGAGUCUCCCUUGCAAAUAGUUUGACGAAAGGUAAACCGUGCAUGUGCGAACAAGUCCAGUCAUACCAUGGAUUUGUCCAACUGGGUCUUGGUGUUAAUGGAGUUGGCUGAGACAUGUGGAGUCAGCACCCUCCUCCAGGGCUUUGAGCAAGUCUGGAGGCUUCUUCUCAUUUGUCUUCUUAGCAGGCUGCUGUUCAAGUUGGGGGGUGUGUCAUCUAUGAAUCAUGUUGUGUCAAUGUUGGCGGGGAUGUACAGCCUUUUCCUCUUCUUUGACCUGCACAUGCUGUGGGUGAUCCUGCUCAGUCUGCUUUGCUACCUUGUUCUUCUUCUUGGCCGAAAAUCCAUCAGAAAAGGCCUCUUCCUCUCCUCUGCAAUUCUCGUUUAUCUUCUUAUUGGAGAGUUGCACCUAAUUGACACAGUGACGUGGCAUAAGAUUAGAGGCAGUCAGAUGGUGGUGGCCAUGAAAGCCAUUUCUCUGGCAUUUGACCUGGACAGAGGAGUAGUCAGCACUUUGCCCACUCCAAUCGAGUUCCUGGGCUAUGUUCUCUUUGUUGGCAAUGUAGUCUUUGGACCUUGGAUAAGCUAUGCAACAUAUAAGACUGCAAUUGUUGGCAGACAGCUGAGCUGGUUAUGGCUGCGCCAUUCCUCCCUCAGCCUCAUAAAGAGUCAGAUUUGUCUGCUGGUGUCGUCUUGCAUUGCACCAUACCUCUUCCUUUUUUUCAUUCCAAUCCAUGGAAAUACCUUUACACACAAAUGGCUUCGUGCCUAUGAGAACGCACUGUCAUUCCACUUCAGUAACUACUUUGUUGGCCACCUAAGUGAAAGCACCAGCAUGCUGGCUGGAGCUGGCCACACUGAGGAAAAAGACAACAUUAGGUGGGAAAUGAAAGUGGUCAAACCUCUGAAUGUGGAAAUCCCUCGCUCCAUGGUUAUGGUAGUGACAUCCUGGAAUAUUCCCAUGUCGCAGUGGCUCAAAACUUAUGUCUUCAAAAAUGCCAUGAAGCUUGGGACUUUUCCAGCCAUCUUGGUCACAUACACAGCGAGUGCUUUACUACAUGGUUUGAGUUUCCACCUAGGAGCUGUCUUGCUCUCUUUAGGCUUCAUCACAUAUGUGGAACAUGUCCUGAGAAAGAGGCUCGCUGCUAUCUUCAGUGCUUGUGUCCUGUCCAGACCUUGCCCCUCUUACUGUGGCCAUCAGCACAAGAAGGAGUACUGGGUGAAACUACUGAACAUUGUUUUUAGUUUCUUGGCCGUCUUUCACCUCACCUAUUUGGGCUCCAUGUUUGAUCCAGGUCUGGAAGAGGAAGUUGAGGAGGGUUAUGCUGCCAUCCACACAAUUCAGCGUUGGUCAGAUCUUAACUGGGCAAGCCACUGGGUGGUGUUUGUUUCCUGGAUCUUCUACCGUUUAAUCCUGUGACACCAUCAAAGCAGAACACAAUUACUGCCAGCAAGUCAUGCUCUCAAUCCUGUUUAUAUAUAUAUUUUUUAUAUAAAAAAAAAAACUUGUCUGAGAGAACAGACUGAUGUAUAUAUUCAAAUGUUACAGUAUUCAUGUUGAAGUUAAACUUUGAUUUUAAGUCUCACAGAAAACUUGAGCUUCACUUGUUUUUAAAAAAAUAUAUUGUUUGUAUUCCUACUAAUAAAUAU